AGUAUGUGAAAACUCUUGAAUGAAGGAUACUCAAAACAAUGGUCCAUUUCGCCACAAAGAAAUCAUUUUCUUUGUAUGAUAUCAAAAUAUCUGGAAAGUUUCUGUAUAAAGCGAAUAACAACAAAAUGUAGAUGAAUGGUAUGACGUUUAGCCAAAUUGCACACUAUCGUAUGUUACCCAUUAAACUCACUACAGACACGAUCCUCGGUAAUUCGACGGUCACAUUUGCUGUUAAAGUAAUAAGUACUGGUAAGUUAAUGUUUACCCUAUACUUCUAUUUUGUACUAUGUGUAACAGUCGUUGCUAUACAUUGUAAUGCGUACUAUUGUCGUGCAAUAAAGUUCAUUCAUUUGCACCAGUUCCGUUUGUGUUUCUGAAGUCACAACCGGUUAACAAUUAGGUUUUGGCGUCUAUUUGUAUAUUUGCUUUUUGCACCAAUCGCCUAGACAAAACUGGUAGCAGUCUCAGACUUGUUGUGUUCUGUGAAAGUUUACCGUGACAUGUUUGCUUACUGCAAAGUCCACCGUCUCCAAGGCCACAUAUGACGACACACUACAGAUAGCUAUUUAUACACCUGCCGCCUGAGAACUUCACCGUCUGGCUAGUUAUAGAUAGUCUAUCCGCAUUUCAUGCCCGAAGACACCAGCCGUACAAGAUGUGGCUGUACCGCCUGUCCGUGCUGACCACGGUUCUGCAGUGGUCUGUUGUGACCGGAGAAGGCCGUACUGACCAGCUGACCAUGUCACUGUGCACGCUGUGGGAAGAUUGUUCCAGGGCAGUUGAAGUUGCUGUGCACGACGAAGAUGCGAGCUGGAGACUGCGGCCGUUUUGCCGGGACGUGGCCGACAUGUUGAGGGAACGUGGCGCUGAAAACUGCGAAUCCCCACUGUCUCUGGAUGAAGACGAACGAGCAGACGGCGAUGAGCGACCGGACCUUGUGAGGGGACAGCUGCCUCAGCACACAGACCUGGCGUUCUUAGGGCGCACAAAUUACCUUCAUGACUGUUCAGAGAUCCAUACGGCAAUGGCUCUGUUUGGCGAUGUGUCAAGUGGCGUACACGACAUUAAGCCUGUAGGUCUAAGCAAUCCUAUCUCUGUAUACUGUGAUCAGACCACGGAUGGGGGAGGGUGGACGGUCCUACAGAGGAGGUUUGACGGGUAUAUUGACUUUAACAGAGGUUAUUGGGCCUUUGUGCAUGGGUUUGGGCCAACCAACGGGGAGUAUUGGCUGGGGCUGGAGAACAUGCACUACUUGACCAAUCAAAACGCCUAUGAACUAUAUAUAGAGCUGGAAGACUGGGCCGAUACGGUAAAGUACGCCAGGUACUCCACUUUCUCAGUAGUGGGGAGUCACCCUUAUAAUCUGAACGUUGGUGGGUUCAACGGGACAGCUGGUGAUGGGUUCUACCUGUCUUACGGUCAAACAGAUGAUGCUUAUCUAAAUGGCCGGCCGUUUAGCGCUAGACAAAUAGACUUGGACUCCCGAGACGAUGCAUCCUGUGCUGGAGGAAUAAGUGGCGUGACAGGCGGGUGGUGGUACAAGGCCUGCUCUUGGUCUGCUCUCAAUGGUCCGUACCUGCGUCCUUCUGAUUAUACCGGCGGGAGUGGAGCGGGUAUCUAUUGGAACCCUUUUGGCGGCUCGUACAGAAAGUAUUUGAAAAAGUCCAAAAUGAUGGUUCGUCCAAUCGACUUCCAACCAUAGGUUGUUGUUGAAAAUAAAUGAGUGGAAUUUGCCAAAUAUUGUGAAUGAUCUGCUGAGUGAACCGGCCAACCCUUCGGUUUUCAAAUUACUCAAGCCAUUUAGCCACAUUCAAUUUUCUCGGCUCCCCAAUGGGGAUUUUAGCUUUUAGCAUGCUACCGUGUUACUCGUAACGUGUAACUGGCUGUAAACCUGCAAUAGGUCAAUAAAAUCUACUGAGAAUCUAACUAUCUUUGUGUUGCAUAACGAGUGUGACUAUCAUAACAAGCUAAGACCGGGGGCCUUAAGGCACCAGGUCAAAUAUGCAGGGUGAGAGGUAAGA